AAUGUAUAUAUAUACUCCUUUUCAGAACACUCUACAGUAUACACACUAUGACUAUAUGAGUACAAGCAUUCGUAGACGUAAAACCACUUAGAAAGCUCACAAGAAAGCUCCUCCCAUGGCGGAUUCUAGCUCUUCUCUCCCUUCUCUUUUCGAAAAGAUCUCAUACAGAAGAUAUUUUCUGAGAGCUGUGGAUCUCAUGAUGCUCGGGCUUCUCUUAUCUCUUCUCUUGUACCGGAUUCUACAUAUGAGCGAAAACGAUGACGUUUGGGUCGUAGCUUUCCUGUGUGAAUCUUUUUUCACUGUCAUAUGGCUGCUUGUUACUUGCAUAAAAUGGAACCCUGCCGAGUAUAAACCAUAUCCAGAUCGACUUGAUGAAAGGGUUCAUGACCUUCCAUCGGUAGAUAUGUUUGUAACCACGGCGGAUCCAGUUCGGGAGCCGCCGAUUCUUGUUGUAAACACCGUGCUUUCGCUGCUAGCUGUGAAUUAUCCGGCGAAUAAACUAGCAUGUUAUGUUUCAGAUGAUGGAUGCUCACCUCUCACUUACUUCUCUCUCAAGGAAACUUCUAACUUCGCCAAGAUUUGGGUUCCUUUCUGCAAGAAAUACAACGUUAAAGUUAGAGCUCCUUUUAGAUAUUUCUUGAACUCUCUGGACGCAACAGAGGAUUCAGAAUUCAGCAGGGCCUGGAAAAUGACGAAGAGGGAGUAUGAGAAGUUAAGCCGGAAAGUGGAAGAUGCCACCAGAGAUUGGGACGCUGACGAUGAUUUUGAAGCUUUCUCAAACACAAAACCAAAUGAUCAUUCAACUAUAGUUAAGGUGGUAUGGGAGAACAAAGAAGGUGUGGGAGAUGAGAAUGAGGUCCCUCAUUUUGUCUACGUUUCAAGAGAGAAAAGGCCAAACUAUUUACAUCAUUACAAAGCUGGAGCCAUGAACUUUUUGGUCCGAGUGUCAGGGCUGAUGACAAACGCACCAUACAUGUUAAACGUAGACUGUGACAUGUUUGUGAAUGAAGCAGAUGUGGUGCGACAAGCAAUGUGUAUAUUUUUGCAAAAACCAAAGAAUUCAAUAAAUCAUUGUGCUUUUGUUCAAUACCCUCAAGAUUUCUAUGAUUCUAACUGCGAGGAAUUCGUCGUCUUACAAUCAUAUUUGGGAAGAGGAUUUGCGGGAAUCCAAGGAGUAAUGUACUCAGGGUCGGGAUGUUUCCACACUAGAAGAGUUAUGUACGAUCUCUCAGUAGACGAUUUAGAAGAAGACGGAAGUCUUUCUUCUGUUACUGCAAGGAAAUUUUUGGAUGAUGAAAGUUUGGCGGCAAAGUUGGGGAGUUCUAAGGAGAUUAGGAAAUCGGUGGCCAAUGCAUUGCAAAGAAAAUCAAAUUCUCAAAAUAUUCUUACGAACUUUCUUGACGAGGCCAGAGAAGCGGGGCAUUGUCAAUACGAGUCCCAAACGAGUUGGGGCAAAACCAUCGGUUGGUUAUACGAUUCAACAGCGGAAGAUGUGAACACGAGUAUAGGUAUCCAUUCGAGAGGAUGGACUAGUGCAUAUAUAUAUCUGGAUCAACCCGCAUUUCUAGGAUGUACGCCACCAGGAGGACCAGAGGCGAUGGUUCAGCAACGGCGAUGGGGGACGGGCAUGCUCGAAAUCCUUUUCAACAAACAUAGCCCCUUGAUCGGUAUCUUUAGCCAGAAAUUGAGAUUUCGGCAACGAUUGGCUUAUAUUCACGUCUUCACUUGGGGUUUAAGGUCAAUCCCUGAGCUCGUUUAUUGUCUCUUGCCUUCGUACUGUCUACUCCACAACUCGGCCUUGUUCCCAAAGGGACUUUGUUCAGGCAUAACUGUCACACUUGUGGGGAUGCAUUGCCUUUACACUCUAUGGGAAUUUGUGAGCCUUGGUUUUUCGGUACAUUCAUGGUAUACCUCCCAGUCAUUUUGGAGGAUAAAAGCUACUUGUAUUUGGUUAUUUAGUGUCACUGAUAUCAUAUUAAAGCUUCUUGGAGUUUCGAAAACCGUGUUCAUAGUUACAAAAAAGACUUUCACCGCGACAAGAUCAGGGACUGGGGAUGGACCAUCUUGUAGUGCGGACCCAAAUGCUGGUAAAUUUGAAUUUGACGACUCAGUUUAUUUUUUCCCUGGCACGUUCAUUGUGUUGGUCAAUCUAGCCGCUAUAGCCGGGUUUUCAGUGGGUCUACAACCAGUAAGUCAUAUCUACGGAGGAGGUGGUUCGACUUUUGUAGAGGCUUGUGCAUGCAUUUUGGUGGUUAUGUUGUUUCUUCCAUUUCUAAAGGGUUUAUUUGAGAAGGGAAAAUACGGUAUCCCAUUGUCUACGCUCUCUAAAGCUGCCUUUUUAGCAGUGUUAUUUGUUGUUUUUUCUGUAGGAAAGUAGUUUAUAUAGCGAUGUGGACUUGUUAGAUCAUCUCCAAAAGAAAAACUUCAAAUUUGAA